CUGCCGCAGCAGAGUAAACAGCAUGCGCGUGCGGUCGGCUGGGUUUCUAAUUUUAUCAGCGGGACUGGAGGCGCUGGGCAAAAAAUAAACAUCUUCCGAGAAACGGGAUAUCUCUAUGUGUGCUUUUGGAGGAAAGCAUAAAAAGAAAGAAAGAAAAACUCGUCCAAUAACGACUAACAGGCAAAAUGCCGGCACACCAAAGUAGAUCCCGAACUAGGGACAGGAACAACGUCCUUAACAGACCCGAAUUCAUGUCUUUGAACCAACCCCUGCGGGGCAACGCUGAAGUCCGAAGCGCCUCGCGCCGUCAGAGUGGACCCAAAGCGUCGCAGGGCCAGCACGAGUGCCCCGCUCCAGGCGACGGGGUCAAGGACCGGAGGGAGUCCUCUCAGCUGCCCGAAGAGGACUGCAUGCAGCUGAAUCCCUCCUUCAAGGGGAUCGCCUUCAACUCCCUGCUUGCCAUUGAUAUCUGCAUGUCAAAGCGCCUUGGGGUCUGCGCUUACAACACCUCCUCCUGGGGCAGCGUCCGCUCCAUGGUCACCCUGCUGGCCAUCACCGGGCACGCCAUCCCAUGGAUUGGAGGCACCCUGCUUUGCUUGACCAAGAGCAGCACGCUUGCGGGUCAGGAGGUUCUUGUCAAUCUACUGCUGGCACUGAUCUUGGACAUUAUGACAGUGGCUGGUUUGCAGAAGCUGGUGAAGCGUAAGGGCCCUCUAGAUAUAACCCACAGCUUUCUGGACAUAAUUGCCAUGGAUGUGUAUGCCUUCCCCGCAGCCCAUGCCAGCAGAGCAGCUAUGGUGUCGAAGUUCCUCCUCAACCACCUCGUCCUGGCAGUGCCCUUGCGUAUCCUCCUAGUCCUGUGGGCCUUCCUGGUGGGCACUUCCCGGAUUGUUUUGGGCCAGCACCACCUGACAGACGUCUUCUGCGGCUUUGCACUGGGCUUCCUCCAUUACAACUUGGUGGAGAUGGUGUGGCUCUCGUCCAAUACCUGCCAGACACUUCUGUCCAUCUGGACACUGAGCUGGAGCCCACUUUUUUAAAUGAGACGGCUCAGUCUGCCCUUUGUAUUUGUAUUUGCAGAAGUUCUUUUUUUAAAAAAAAAA